UUAGAUCUCAACAUUUUCAAGAUGGCGUCCAAGUUUGAAGAAGAAGAUUUUGAUAUGGAGAGCUCAGAAAGCGAAGAUUCUGACGCCGAGCUCCAGAGAGCCUUUGCCAGAGGAGAUUUGAAGGUUGGUAUGAACAAACCAAAAUUCGUUCCACGUGCGCAGAGAGAAAGCAUCAACAACGCGGCUGGUAUCAAGCAAAAAUUGGAACAGAUUACACAGAAUUUAGAAUGGAUCGAGAGAAUGGAUGUAACAUACAAACCAAAAGAAGAAGAAGCAGAAAAUGAAGAAAAUAACAAUGAAGACACAUCUGUUCACGAUGACUUUAAGAGAGAAAUGAAUUUUUAUAAACAAGCACAGCAAGCUGUCUUAAUUGCAAUCCCAAAGCUCCAGAAACUUGGUAUUCGAACCAAACGACCAGGAGACUACUUUGCUGAAAUGGUCAAGACAGACGAUCACAUGCAAAGGGUGAGGUCAAAAUUGUUAAGUCAACAACAAGUCAUGGAAAGAUCUGAAAAAAUGAAGAAGCUGAGAGAGAUGAAAAAGUUUGGAAAAAAGGUACAACACRAUGUGUUACAGAAAAGACAGAAAGAAAAGAAGGAAAUGAUAGAAUCUGUCAAGAAAUACAGGAAAGGUAAACAAGCAGCUCUGUCCUUCAUGAAGGACGAUGAUUUCGAUAUUCAAACUGAAAYAGACAAGACAAAAAGUAAACCAUUAACGAAAUCAAAUAAAAGAAAAGCUAAGGAUAAGAAGUUUGGACACGGUGGAAAAAAGAGAGGAAUAAGAAAAAAUACCAAGAAGAGUUCGAAAGAUGUCAGCUCAUUUGAUUCAAGAAAACACAGUAAAAGUCCAAAGGCUGGAGCUCAAGCAGGGAAAAAAAGAAAAGCACAACGACCAGGCAAAUCACGAAGAAAAAAGAUGAAGAAAUAGCUUACCACUCCUUACAACAAAUAAACACUUUUUCGCCAACAACUUUUUAUCCUAUUCCAUUUGCAAAAAAAAUAUUAGUUGAGUAAAAAUGUUCAUCGUCUCGUGAAAAGAAGAUUCUGACUCGUUCGAAGCUAGUCUUGCAAGUAGCCGCAUUCAUAACUGAUUCAAAAGUGGAUGGAAUUGAAGAKUACUCAUUAUGUCCUCGUCUAACUGCCGGAUGCAGAGAUAACCAAUCAGCACCGGAGAAACCUAAACAUCAACUUAGAUAAAUUUAGCUAGGAGGUCCGAUGGAGUGUCAUGCUGCUACUCUAACUGGCAACGAUGUUAAUGGUUAAUGAACUUAAUCCACCCCCUAAGACUAAAGUCAAACUUCAAACGUCAAAGAAGACCGCCUCGUAUUCAUUGUUUCAAUUAGGUUGAAGUUGGACGUCUGACCUGAGCCUAACUAGCCUUCUACGCAGACUUUCUAAGAGCGUCUGCGUAGGAGAGUACCCCCUAACUAGCCGAAGGAUUUCCUAUUUCAGACUCGCAGAGUUAUUUCUAUUUUCUCGCAAACUUGAGAGGAUAUAAAUAGAUAGGAUGAUAAUUACGAAAAUGGAGAACCUUAUUUUCAAGGGAAUGGCGGCGCAUGUACUUUAAUGGGAAAACCCAAAGAUUGAGCCCGUCAAAGAUGAUUUUAAUAAUUCUUUAUUGUUAGCGGCAAACGUAUUAAAGUAAACCAGGUCAACCAAUCAAAAAA